AUGACAAGUCUGCUGUGCAUCACUAUAUUCUCCCUGACCCUGGCUGGCAGUGUGUACAGUCAAAUGACGACUACUCCUGCACCAAUAUCAGCUUUUCCAACUUUUACGAAGGUUUUUGCUGAGCUUGGUGCCAAUGUCACUUUGCCCUGCCGGUACCUGGCCAAAGACAGCUAUGCCUUUGGUAUCGUUGGUGGUAUCCGAAUCAAAUGGACCAAGGUAGCGGAGGAUGAGGCUCUGAAUGAGGAGGUGCUGACUUCUAUGGGGUUCCACAGGAACACCUAUGGAAACUUCGUGGACCGUGUCUUUCUGCAGGAGCAAGACAAUGAAGAUGCCUCCCUAAUAAUGACUGACCUCUCCGUGGAUGACACGGGAAAGUACCGCUGUGAGAUCAUCAAUGGGAUGGAUGACAUAAUGCAAGAUGUUUUCUUGGAGGUGCAAGCUAGCAAAAUUGAUGGCAUUGUGUUCCCAUACUCCCCCUAUGAAGGCCGCUACAACCUGAACUUCCAAGACGCUGUGCAGGCCUGCACGGACCAGGAUGCUGUGAUUGCCACCUUUGACCAGCUGUUUGAGGCCUGGAAAGGUGGCCUGGACUGGUGCAAUGCUGGCUGGCUGGAUGAUGGCACAGUGCAGUAUCCAAUCACCAAACCAAGAGGGCCUUGCGGUGGUUCCAACAACGGGCCUGGCCUUAGAAACUAUGGUCGGCGUAACAAGUUGAGCCAGUACGAUGUGUUCUGCUUUGCUUCUGCAUUGAAGGGAACUUUCUACUGGCUGGUCCAGCCAGAAAGGCUGACCUUUCACGAGGCUGUGCAGGCAUGCUUAGACGAUGGUUCAGAGAUCGCUAAGGUGGGCCAGAUGUACUCUGCCUGGAAGCUGGAAGGCUACGAUCGCUGCGAUGCUGGCUGGUUGGCUGAUGGUAGUGUCCGCUACCCUAUCUCCAGGCCCCGCAAGAACUGCAGCCCCACCGAAGCUGCAGUGCGCUUUGUUGGAUUCCCAGACAGGGAUCAAAAGCUCUAUGGCGUCUAUUGCUUCAAGGCUUAUCAGUGAAGGGGUAGAGGAGAGUAGGGAAGCCAUAACCACCAAAGAGCAGCAACAACCACAACCAGUAAAAUCAACAAUAAAGCAGAUACGCUUUGGAUCUUAACUAGCAUGAUUUCAACACCUUUCAGAAACUGUGAUAACCUUUUUAACUCCUAGAAAACAAAUACUGUACACUUUACAUCCAUAUGCGAUGAUUGACAAAAUACUUUGUAGCCAUUGAGUUUUGUUUUUCUCUAACUGUGCAUUCAUUAAUUUUACAGACUGUUGGGUAAAGGGCAACAGUGUUAAAGUGACAGAGACAAGAACUUGAUGGUUGAGAGACAUCAUCUAAGUUUGGUUUGUCUUCCACAGAAUGAUUAGAUGUGUGAAGUUCAAGGUUUAGAGCAGGUAUGCUCAUGUGCAGAUGUUAGUUGUUGCUUUAAAAUUUGUCUAAAGAACAAAACAUUGUGAUACAUAUCUCAAUUAUCAUUUCAUAGAAAUACCAUAAAUUGAUUACAGAGUCAUGAGCAUAACCUGACAACCACUGUUGAGCUAUUGGAGGUGUUCAUUUUCAUAUCUUUAACUGCAAAAAAAGGCUCUUCAACCUGAGGAGUUGUGAUUAAAUUUACUGUUUAACGAGAAAGUGAAUGUAAAAUGUCUUGGACUGUGACCUAUUCUGCAGUGAUAGCUCCCAUUAGAUCAAUUCCCAAUUACAAUUUGAAAGACAUUUACUGAACAAAAUGUUUUUACUUUU